UACACUACGACCACCACCAAGCGAACGAACCAACGAUCGACGCUCCCCGACCAGCGUGGUGAACAGGACAGCAGUCAGCAGCCAAUGGAGGCAGCACUGACGCAGCAGGCGGCAGCGACGGCGACGGCGACACCGACGAGGUGGCGGUGCGUGGGGGACGCGUCGCUGGCUAGCCAUGGCCAGGGCCAGCAGCGAGCAGGCGCCGUCCGGCUCGGAGCGGCGCGGCGUGCGGUCAGCGGGGCUGUCCGGGCUAGCAGCAGCAGGCAUCUGGGCCCCGUGCGGGCGCUCGUCUCCGAGGCCGCCGGCGGCGAGCGGGCGGCGGAGGGCGAGGGAAUGGACACCGCGGUGAGGCUGUUCGUGGGCCUCCCCGCGGACGCGGUGGUCUCCGACGGCCGCGGCGUGGGCCGCCCCAGGGCCGUCUCGGCGGCGCUGCGCGCGCUCAAGCUGCUCGGCGUCGACGGCGUGGAGCUGCCGGUGUCCUGGGCCGUCGCGCAGCCCGGGCCCGGGGGCUGGUUCGAGUGGGCCGGGUACCGCGCCGUCGCCGCCAUGGUCCGCGACGCGGGGCUCGACCUCCGCGUCUCGCUCCGCACCGACGGCGACGCGCUCCCCGGAUGGGUGGCCGACGCGGCGGCCGCCGACCCCGACGUCCUCUUCACCGACCGCUCCGGCCACCGCCGCAUGGGCUGCCUCUCCUUUGCCGUCGACGAGCUCCCCGUGCUCGUCGGCAAGUCGCCGCUCCAGGCCUACGAGGCCUUCUUCCGCAGCUUUGCUGAAGAGUUCGAUGACUUGUUCGGGUCAACGAUCACGGAUGUGACUAUCAGCCUGGGUCCUAACGGCGAGCUACAGUACCCGUCAUACCCGCCGGGGAACCAGGGUUCCCGUGGCUUCGACGGCGUCGGCGAGUUCCAGUGCUACGACAAGUACAUGCUGGCACGGCUGAAGCGUCACGCCGAGUCGUCGGGGCAGCCACUGUGGGGCCUGUCGGGUCCACACGACGGGCCGCGGUACGACGACGAGUCGCCGGAGUCGUCCGCCUUCUUCAGAGAGCUGGGGGGCUCGUGGAAGUCGGCCUACGGGGAGUUCUUCCUGUCCUGGUACACCGGGGAGCUCCUGGCGCACGGCGACCGUGUCCUGGCCGCGGCGUCCAGCGCGUUCCGCGGCAAGCCCGUGGAGCUGUCCGCCAAGGUGCCACUCCUGCGAGGGCCGGGGACGGGCCCGAGCCCCGCGGACGCCACCGCGGGAUUCCACGGCGGGUACGGCCCGGUCGCCGAGAUGUUCGCGCGCCACGGUUGCGCGGUGAUCGCGGCCGGCGUGGAGGCGCGGCCGGACGCCACGGCGGAGGAGCGCCUGGCCCAGGUCAAGGCCGCCUGCACGGAGCACGGCGUGCAUCUCGCGGCGGAGAGCGCGCCUCUCGCCGUGGCGCGCGGCAGCGACGGCGACGGCCCCACGCGCGUCGUCUGGCUGUCCGCCGGGCGCACCCGGCCGUGCCAGUUCACGUACCAGCGGAUGGGCGCAGAGUUCUUCUCGCCGGGCCACUGGCCGCUGUUCGUGCAGUUCGUGCGCGCGCUGGAGUGCCCCGAGGAGGCCCAUGAGGACGACCUGCCAGCCAGCGCUGACGGCGGCGAGCGGCUCACUGUGCCGUCCGCGGCCGCGGCGGCCCCAAAGGACCAAGCGACAAGGGAGGUGCAAACCGUGUGAAUGGCAAAUCAUUUGUCGCGCAUUCUUAAUGUACAGUACUUCCUCCGUUGUUUAGUUCAAAAUAAACGGGCGGGUGAUAAAUAUUCGAGAAUGGAGAUGGUAUAUAGAGCAUCUCUAACCUUUAUGUAAAAAGUUCCUAAAUCUUAGUUUAAUGAGUUAUUA